GCGUUUCACCACGGAUAUGCGGCCACUCCCUAUGACUUUUUCAAUGUGAACGAUUUUAAAGAUCUCUUGAAAAAAGCGAAAGUCAAUAUCGUCUCUGUGCCGGGAAGAAUGAAGUCACAAAACAAGUUGCCUAAUCUCAAAGAGUGUUCCUCUCGAGACCCCAGAUUCAAAGAUCAACGGUCUCAGUUUCUUUUCGACCUUAAAAAAGACAAAAAAACGGUCAUAGAGAAGGUUCGUUUGUUUCUUUCAAAGCCCUAA